AAGAAUUGUCAUGGAUUUCAAAACAACGAAACAGUAACAACAUUAGCGACCGUACAAGUGCGUCGUUAUAUUAUUAUUGCAUUUUGUAAAAAAAAAGUUGUUUACGAUAUGGGAUUAUGUUCAUCGUGUUUUAAAAGUGCUGAAACUGAAACUUUGUCGCCAAGUGCGGAAGUUCGACGGCAACAACAACUUGAAGCAGCUGAACGACGUCGCAUUCAAAACGAAACUAGAGGUAUUAAGAACCCUGAAAAAGUUAUGCGCAUGCAGUAUAGAGCACAGGAAAUCGAAAAACGCGAGGAAGAAGCAGCUCGUAUAGGCGGAGGGCAACCAAGUUUGAGAUGGCAACAAGACUGAUGAUUUGAUACUACGAAAUGGUAAUUUAUUGGAAAGUGUACAUAUUAUGAGAAUGAUUUUAUUUAUAUUGUAAAUCGUGCUUUAAUAUAUAUGACUAUAAAAUGUAAUGUAAUACAAAUACUAUGCAUGUA